AUGUCCGUCGAACUGCUCCAGCUCACAAUCAACGCUCUCAGGGUUGGUUGGGAAUAUGGCCUCCUCACGCAGCCGGGCUUUACGCACGACCCCAACGUUCAACCCGAUUCAACGACCUUCAAGCCUGAGCGGUUCCUCGAAGCCGGCGGCAAUAUACCGGAGCUAGACCAUCACAUACUAUCCUUUGGGUUCGGACGUCAUGUGAGUCCAGGCAAACUCCUUGUGGACGGUAUUCUCCUUAUUGUUGCCCAAUCAUUAGCUGUGUUCGACUUCAGCAAGGGCGUAGAGGAUAUCCAGCUCGAGUCUGCCCGGUAG